AUGCACGAGCCACCUGCAACACCGAGGAAUAUGCCUUCUUCCAUCUCACCUCAAAUAAGAUCCCUGUCCAAUUUUUCCAUUUUGUCACAAAUUCUAGACUCAUCAACCUCACGGUCAUCUUCAUCAUCGAAACAGGGGACCAUCAACCUUCCUUGGUCCACCUACUAUAUAUGGAUAAUCCAUAUUGAAGCACGGAUCACAGCUUCAUCCUUUCAACACUCGACUGAAACGUGCACGAAAGAAACAGAUAACAUCAGCCAUUCAAUUCCGACCUUUACGAUGUGGCGAGACCCUGCAAAUCUUUCAUCCGACACAAUGAACCAACCACAGCAACCGUCCGAUUUAAACACAAUGGAACAAAAUGGACAACAAACAGAUAUUCAAAUGCAAGACGCCUCGUCCGGUCAAGAAUCAAAGAAACUCACCCUCCUCGACCUCCCUCCCGAAAUCCUCCACCAAGUGUGCCAGCACCUCCCCCUAAAAUCCGUCCGCUCCUUCCGGCUCACCAACCGUUUCCUCGGCGAGAUCGGCGCCUGCCACGCCCUCCCCGAGCUAAUCUUCUACCUACACACGACCGACUUCGCCGCUUUACGAUCCAUUGCCUCACACCCCAUUUACCCGCGAUAUGUACGCUCUUUGGUCUACGGGUGCGACAUCCUGCCCUCUCCCCGUCUCAACAUGAAGCAGUAUGUCAACGAAUGUCGGCGUAUGGAGAAGCGGCGGGCCAAGAUGCACGCUCGCCACGCGUGCGACGAGGCGAAUCGUCCGCCGAAACCGCUGCCCGAAAUCAAGGAGAGUUAUAGGGAGUAUAAAAGGGUGCAUCAGGCGCAGGAGGAGAUUAUUACCAACGACAAGGAUUAUGAGAUUUUGAAGGAGGUGGUGGGCAAAAUGACGAAUUUGAAGGAGGUCAUGAUUAGUAGCGAUUUUGAGUUUCGGUUGGGGAGUUUGAGUUCGUCGAGCUCUUCUUCGGGUUCGUCUUCUCAUGGUCAUGGUGGUUUGCUCCCUGGACAUGAUGGAGGGAGCGGGAGCGGGCCGAAGAGCGAUGCGCUUAAGAAUUGCAGGACGCCCUUCGACAAACUCGAUUGUCUGACGUCGCUGGAUGGCGAGAAAGGGCAGGAAGGCGUGCGGCAUCUUCGAGCGAUUCUGAUGGCUGUGAAAGAGGCGCGGAUCGAGCUUAAGAGUCUCUGCGCAGGGCUGAUUCACUGGAGCUUUUUCAACGAGUCGUUGGGCAACUUUGGGUUUCACAGCAUGGGAAACCUGUUGUCCAACUUGACGAGGUUCGAGCUGCUCGUACUGCCUGGGCCCAGCCAAGAUCCGGAGGAUUUGCAAAACGCGGACGCUACCGAGAUGAAUAACAUGAGCAUCGACGUCAUGGACGAGAUUUAUCGGUGUCAGGAGCUGAUGAGGACGGGUGUUAUCAGGAAGCUGGUCAAGAAUAUGCCGAACUUGGAGAUUUUGUCCAUCGGGUUCAUGGAUCACGCGGAGGACAACGAUUUCAUCUUCCCUGCUAGGUUGCAGGAUGUCAUUCCGCUGAACCACACAUUUCCGAACCUGGAGUCGCUGAAGCUCGAAGGCCUGGAGACGGAGAGGCAGGAGUUGACCGACUUCGUGGUCAGACAUAAGGACAGUCUGAUGAAGUUGGAGCUUAGAGAUAUGCGACUCGUCACGACCUCGUGGAGGAAGCUGUUGCCGGAGCUGCGGUAUGAGCUCAAGACGGAGUUGAUGGAGGAGGUAUCGAUCUACGGCAUGGCGCUGGGAAUGGGCGAGGAGGACGACGAUAAUGAGCUGGAGGAGUGGUUUAUGGGUGAUCCGGAGGACCAUGGGGCGACGGAGCUGGCGACCAGAGUCCAAAAGUACUUUAUGGAUCCGAGCAAGGCCGAUUGCCCGCUAUCAAGGGAGAAUAUGGAGCCUGUACCGGAUGAUGACUUGAUGGACGAAGACAUGAUGGACCAUGGUUUUGAUGGGGCGAUACCGGAACACGAGCUGGCGGAGCUGAUCCUGGGAGGCAUGGACUUCCCCGGAGGUGGAAAUCCGUUUGGGGAUCCAUUUGAUGAUCCGUCUUUUGAGCCUCCAGCGUGGAUGAAUGAUUUCUAG